AUGGUUGCUCGAGAACGUAUUUGGGGAAACACAGGUUCAAUUAUGGCAAUGAGUGAUGCAAUCAAAAUGAUAGUAAUUGUUAUAGGUGUAAACAAAGACUCGCAUCAACUUGAAGUCAUCAAUAGAAUAGUACCUAGUAAUAAAACUAAAUCAAAAAUACCGAUCAUUUUGAUUAAUCAAAUCGGACAACAUUUUAUCGCAGCUCAAAGACAAUUAAGAUCUCCUCAAUUUAACGGUGAAACUUGGCAAGGUGUACGCAUUAUUGAAAGCAAAUUAGAUUUACUUUUUAAUCGUGGCGCAAUUCAAAUAAAUAGAAAUAGUACGGCUAACGAAAAUCGUUUAUCUGUAAUCAAAAGUAAUAAUGUAUCUAUAACACAAACCUGCCGUAAAAUUUUGGAGAACAUUGUUGAGAGUACUUCUUUUUCAACAAUAACAGAAAUUUGUCGGAAAAAUGAAAAAUUUAUUACAGUUUUGUGUUCUUAUAUGAAAAGCAAAUUAGAUACUAUACCAUAUAUUACAACAGAUACUGAUAAAAACCCUCUAGGCGGAAAAAGAAAUCGAUUUCCUAAAUUUGUUUUAGAUAAUUUCCAGAUUGAUAACGUUGGCGAUGAUGGCAAUUGCUUUUUCCGAGCUAUGGCUGAAAUUUUAUUAAGAGAUGAACACAAAUAUCCAGAAAUAAAACUUUUCGUCAUUAAUUUUGUAUUGCAAAAUAAAGAAAACUUCGAAGUAUAUAUUAAAUCAAGAAUCGUUGAAGUAAACUUUGAAAAUAGAGAUGACACUGCUUUGGACAAUCCAGAAAUGGAUGAUUUGAUACGAAUGAUAGCUACUGAAAGAGUUUGGGGCAAUGAAGGUUCUUUGAUUGCUAUUAGUCAUGCUUUAGGAAUCAAGUUAUUGGCUUUUAAUAUAAAUGGAUUGCAAGCUCUUCUAACAUCAAUAAUUGAUUAUGGACCUUUAAACGUUGAUUAUUCAAAAGUAUUGACAAUAAUGAACACUGACUAUUCACAUUUUUAUGCGUCUCGUCCUAAUAAUUUUGCUGUUAUUGAUAGAAUUCAAAAUAAGGAAGGAAUUUGGGGAAAAGGAAUAAUUCAUCGAGACUAUUAUGACAUGGAAACUUUAUAUAAGGCAGGGAUCGAACUGCUUUUGAAUAAAAACCAGAAAUAA